GGGUCGUGCUGCGGCUGCGGAGCCGUGGGGCCGCCGCUGCCAUGUCGGAUGCGGGACGCGUUCCCGGGCGCGGCUGUGGGGCCGCUUCUCGGUAAGAGAUCGUCGAGUGUGCCCGGCUGCGCUCCGCGGAACCUCUGCUGUUCAUCCCCACCGCCGUCUCGGCCGUUCAGGCCCAACGGGCCGCGGCUCGGGGGAACGGGAGGAGCGCGUGGCUCCGUUGCCGCCUUUCCCGCGGGCCUGAGGAGAUGCCGAGGGCCGCUCGGGCGAUGGCGUCGGGUUAGACCCCAGCAGUCGGCCGCGGAGCACCGCUGGCCCAGCCCGGAGCGAUGCUCCUGGGAGUCCCGGUGCCUCUUGACGGCGCUGGGGAGCAUCCGAGAGCUGCAGGAAGACGCUGUCCGGCUCCCUGAGCUCAGGAAUGAGGAACGGUUGUGUGAGGUUUUUAUUCCGAGUCUUCCCCAGUUAAUAAAGACGGAGAGAGAGAUUGAGCGUAGAGAGCAGCAAACAAUCCAGCAGAUCUCACAGCAAAGGCUUUGAAGACUGCCGAGGAGGACACGAUUUGAAUCAUUGAAGCAUUAAAAUAGUAAUACCCAUGGAAGAGCCACAAGAUUUACCCGAGCAACCAGUGAAAAAAGCCAAGAUGCAGGAAUCCCGAGAGCAAAGCUUGAGCAGUCAUGUGAGCAACACAGAAGUCAGCGAUCAGAAAGCUGAAUCUUCAAGCCUUGGUUCAAACCUUCCCAUGUCAACUGAGAUUAUGACAUGCACUGACUAUAUCCCAAGGUCAUCAAAUGAUUAUACCUCACAGAUGUAUUCUGCAAAGCCAUAUGCACAUAUCCUUUCUGUACCUGUAUCGGAAACAAUGAGCCCUUACCCUGGUCAGACUCAGUACCAAGCACUACAGCAAUCUCAGCCCUACACCAUCUACCCCCAGACCACCCAAACCUACGGACUACCUCCUUUUGGUGCACUGUGGCCAGGUAUGAAACCUGAAAGUGGUUUAAUUCAGACUCCAUCUACAAGUCAGCACAGUGUUCUUACCUGCACUACAGGGUUAACCACAAGCCAGCCCAGCCCAGCACAUUAUUCUUAUUCCAUUGAAGCAUCAACUACCAAUGCCAGUCCAGUCUCUACAUCCUCAACUGUUGUCAAUAUUUCCACAUCAGCAGUAGCCAGCAUCUCACAGGAAUAUCCUACGUACACAAUCCUUGGCCAGAGUCAGUACCAGACGUGUUACCCAAGUUCUGGCUUUGGAGUCAUAACACCAGCAGACAGCAACGCGGAGAGCACUGCAUUAGCAACAGCUACGUAUCCAUCUGAAAAACCAAACGCCAUGGUGCCUACACGGACGGUGCAGAGACAUUCCUCUGGAGAUGCAUCCACAAGUCCCUCAUUGUCAAGAGCAACAGCAAGUAAAGAGUCAGAUGAACAGGCAAGAAAAAAUAUCCCUGGGAAGAACAGAGGGAAAAGGAAAGCAGACACCUCUUCUUCACAAGACAGUGAACUGGAGCGAGUGUUUCUCUGGGACCUGGAUGAGACCAUCAUAAUUUUCCAUUCACUUCUCACAGGAUCUUAUGCUCAAAAAUAUGGCAAGGAUCCAACUCUGGUGAUUGGCUCAGGUCUCUCAAUGGAGGAGAUGAUUUUUGAAGUGGCUGAUACUCACCUGUUUUUCAAUGACUUGGAGGAGUGUGACCAGGUACACAUAGAAGAUGUGGCAUCUGAUGAUAAUGGCCAGGAUUUAAGCAACUACAAUUUCUCCACGGAUGGCUUCAGUGGCUCAGGAAGCAAUGCCAAUCACAGUUCAUCGGUUGGUGUCCAAGGCGGAGUAGACUGGAUGAGAAAACUGGCCUUCCGUUACCGUAGGGUACGAGAGAUCUACGAUAAAUACAAAACGAACGUUGGAGGCCUUCUCAGCCCACAGAAGAGGGAAGCUCUGCAGCGACUAAGAACUGAUAUAGAAGUGUUAACUGAUUCUUGGCUGGAAACUGCAUUAAAGUCCCUGCUACUCAUACAGUCCAGAAAAAACUGUGUGAACAUCCUGAUCACAACCACCCAACUGGUGCCAGCUCUUGCCAAAGUUCUCCUGUAUGGAUUGGGCGAGGUGUUUCCCAUUGAAAAUAUUUAUAGUGCAACAAAAAUAGGCAAAGAGAGCUGUUUUGAGAGGAUUGUGUCACGAUUUGGAAAGAAGGUCACCUAUGUGGUAAUUGGAGAUGGGCGUGAUGAAGAGGUUGCAGCUAAGCAGCACAACAUGCCUUUCUGGAGGAUCACAAACCAUGCAGACCUUGUGUCCCUUCACCAAGCCCUCGAAUUAGACUUCCUGUAAGAAGCUGGAGCAAAGGCAUGACUGCAGCUCCUGCAAGCCCUCUCCAUCACUGAGUGGGGGCAAAGAUCUCAUACAGCUGGGGACUCAAUUUUCAGCUUGAUGAAGACAGCAUACCUAAUGCAAAUUGUACAGUAGACACCAGGUCAUUUCCUCAGGAGCACAGACCCGGCCAAGUCCAAAGGUGUCCAUUGAGAAGCACUAGACUCAGCAGAGCUAGAGCUUGACUGGCAAAGAGACUUACGGAAUCCAGCUGAAUUCUUCUGGCAGGUAGUCUCCAGAGGGAGGGGGUAACACAGCUGAGAAGGCUCUUACAGAUACUUCUGCUUUUCUAUUCAGUUUAGUUAUAGAACCCAAGUAAACAGAAAACCUUAUUUUUAUAGAAAAAUACUGAUGGCAGAGCUGAACCUCCCUUGUUUUGCAAAGCCAAAAAGAGCUAUUGUUUGGUUGUUUUUUUUUUUCCAUGGGAAAUAUUAAUGAAAAUAUCAAAAAUACCUCUACUGCUGUGAAAAUGUGUCCUCUCUCCUUCUCUGGGUGUUCAAAAGCAGUUAAUUUAUUAUGAUAUCCUUACAUUAUUUCUUCAACGUGGGAUUUAUCCCAUUCUGGGAUAAGUGGUUCCUUGUAGAGGGAGGUGUUGCUGUUGGUUGUUCCUAUUGGCUUCUAGGCAGUGUGUGUGCAAUGCAUGUGACUGAGCCCUGUUAAUGAGCAGGGGAUCAUUAGAUUCCAGCUGUCCAUGACUCAGACCACAGAUGCCACAGAUUUUUCCUGGAUGGAAAACUGAAACUGCCCAUGAACCUUAGAGACAGCGCAACACUAUUGGACAGAGUGCUGAGAUCUGAACAGAGUCAUCAUUUGGACUAGAAGUAAUUUGAGAGAGAACUAAAUUCUCACGAAUGUUACAAAGAAGGAUAUGGUCACUGAUCUUUGCCUCUGCUUUUCUGACUCCAUUGGUGAGAAUAUGUUCCCUUUGGUAGAAUCAGAUUCAAUUCUUGUAUUCUUUGCAUUAGCCUAACCACAUAGUUAGAAACAAAAUAAAGUCCUUGACAGGAGGUACUUAAUUCUGUAACACACUGUGACUUGCCAGCCUGGAGCACGCUGGCCUGGAAGUGAUGGAUACACUGAUUUAUUUUAUUUUAUUUUAUUCUUUUGCUCCCAUCUCAGAAAAUAAGUCUGGAGUCAGUGAGCUGCAGCACUGCUAGCCAGAAAGGCAACUGGAGGCUGGGGGCUGCUUUUGUGCCAGGUCGGGCUGUGGGCAGUGCUGUCUGCCACCCACCUGUGCCCUCUGAUGGCACCAAACCAGCAGAUGCCUGAGGUUUCUGUACAGAGGAUGGAUGUCUGCUUUGCUGCUGAGCCAAACACCGCAGCUGCACCCAAACCCUUCCAGGCUGUGUUUUUAGCCCAGCAUCACUCAUCUGUGUCUGCUGGGGACCAGUCUCAAGGGCGCAGUGUCACUUAGGAAGGAUGCUGACUGCUCAGAUUGUGCCCACAGGAGCAUGCAUUCCUUUCAUGGCAUUAAUUACUGAGGAAUCAUUUCCAUCAGUGCUGGGGGAGUGCUGGGGUGGCUCAGCACAUGCGUGGAUGUGUCCUAUAAGGGACUGCUGUGAAGUGUGUCCCUGUGCUCUGCUCACCACUGCUGGGGCUGCUGAAAGUACAUGGCUUGGAUCCUGGUCUCUGUUUCAGCUCUGGUUUUGGCUGUAAAGAUAAAUACAAAUCAGAGGAGUUUGCCUUUCUCUGAGAUGGCCCCAGGCGUGGGAGCCGUCUGCUUCUCCAUCAGCUCAGCGCCAGAUCCAGCCAAGUGCUUUGAUCACAGGCGGACAUUCCAGGGCUGUGUUAUCUCCCCAGGAAGCCUCAGCCUCAGGAGUGCAGAGCAGGAGGGUAGAGAUGGUGCAGGGCCGUAGUUUGUUGCUGGAGCCAUAGAAUGGUUGGGGCUGAAGGCACCUCAGAGCCCCCAGUCCCUGCUGCGGGCUGGUUGCCACUCCUCCAUCAGCUGCCCAGGGCCUUAUCCUGCCUGGCCCUCAGCACCUCCUAUCCUUGGCAGGACUGCUGACCAUCAGGCACACCCUGUGCUUUACUCCCAGCACAGCGUGUGGCCGCUGCCUCCUACAGCCCAGCGUGGGGGUCCAGGGCUGGCAGGCUGUGUUCUCUUGGCACAGAGCACGCUGCAGCCAGCAGGCCCUGCUUUGGUUGUUUACUUUAAAAUGUUUUAAGGGAAUUUUAAGAUGGCAACAAACUUUUAGCUGAGUGUGGACCUGUUGCAGCCAGUGGCAUUUCAUACUGAUAUUUAUACGAUGUCUCCUUGAAUGUAUGUAAAGUACUUUUAUAACAGGAGGUUGGUGGUACGUUUCUGUGUUUGUUUAAUAAAGGCUGACCCGGCGAUUUUAUUUUUUUCCUCUGCUGGCUGCUUUUAAGCAUUUUCCUGUCUCACACGGCAGAGGCAGCGCCUUUACCCGAGCAUUGAUUUGCUUAUGUCCCUUUGCUGUUCCCAACCCGGCUGUAAGCUGAACUGCUGACAAAUGCCAAAUGGAAGCGGCCUCCUCCUGGCUCCCCACCGGGCUCCCACACCACCAACUGUGCAGGCCCUGCGGCUGCCCGUGUCCUGGGGGAGCUCACAGAGCCCCUUCUGUGCUCACAUGGGAGCCCCGGAGCUGCCCGAGGCGCAGCCACUGCCGUGUGUGUUCUGUGUAAUGGGAACUGUCCUAUGAACUGGAAAAAAAUAAAGUCUUCUAUUUUCUAUA